AUGCAUUUAUUGCAGGCAAAUAUACCUGCUGCUUAUCUAAGUUCAAAUAUGGAGUGGACCAAACAACAAGACAUUCUCAGAGAUCUUUGUUCAGGGCAUUGCAAUUACAAACUAUUAUAUGUCACUCUAGAAAAAGUAGCAAAAAGUGACACUUUAUUGAGACAAUUAGAAAACUUGUAUGCACGAGAAUUGCCAGAUAGAAUUGUGAUUGAUGAAGCACAUUGUGUAAGCCAAUGGGAGCAUGAUUUCAGACCAGAUUACCAGUUUCCGAAUAUACCCCUGUUGGCAUUAACUACUACUGCCACAGCCAGUGUCAAAGAAGAUGUUGUGCAGGCUCUUGGUCUUCUUGACUGUAUUAUUUUCAGGCAAAGUUUCAAUCGCCCAAAUUUAAGGUUUUCAGUUAUACCCAAAACGAAAAAAUGUAUGGAGGAUAUUGACACGUUCAUUAAGGAGAAUCAUUUUGAUGAAUGUGGAAUCAUUUAUUGUCUUUCAAGGAUGGACUGUGAGAAAGUUGCUAAAAAGUUGCAGGAAUUUAGGCACAAAGCUGCAUUUCACCAUGCUAGUAUGGAUCCUAAUGAACGUGUAUCUGUUCAAAAGAUGUGGAGUAAAGAUGAGGUUAAUAUAAUAUUCGCAACUAUGGCAUUUGGAAUGGGUAUAAAUAAAUCGGAUGUUCGAUUUUUCAUUCAUCAUUCUCUUCCUAAAUCCAUUGAAGCCUACCAUCAAAUUCGGGUCAAACAUGUGCUUAGUCAUGGAUCCAUAGAGAAGAGCUCCUUUUCAUCUACUUCAAGUACUUUAAAUUCUGGAAGGCUACUGGAAGCAAAUAUAGAGAACCUUUUACGCAUGGGUGGAGAUGAUGUUCUUGACCAAGCUACAAAGGAAAGGGGAGAUAAAGAUACAUUAAUUGUUAUGGCACCUAUUGCUAAAAAAGAAAAGAGAAAUAAAGCUUAUGAUGUGGACAUGAUAUCUGAAACAAGAAGGUGCCCCUUGAUAGCAAUGUAG